UCUCUUUCUCUUUCUCUCUCUCUCAUUUUCCGGUUUAAAGCUCUCUCUUUCUUCUUCUUCUUCUUCACAUAAAAUACCCACCCGGAGUAAAGGAAGAAGAGAGUGCAGACAUCAUUAAAUACACCAUCUCCUUCGAAGCUUAGCUUUCAUGGCCGCCGAGUCCACCUCAUCAUCGUCAAAUCUCCGAAUCACUGUCCAGAAAAACGUAUCAGACGCCCAACUUUCCGAGCUCGGAAUCAAAUCUUGGCCCAAAUGGGGUUGUUCGCCGGGGAAGUAUCAGCUGAAAUUUGACGCCGAGGAGACGUGCUAUCUGUUGAGAGGAAAAGUUAAGGUUUAUCCGAAGAACACGACAUCAUCGGAGACGGUGGAGUUCGGCGCCGGCGACCUGGUGGUUAUACCCAAAGGACUCAGUUGCACCUGGGACGUGUCCGUCGCCGUCGAUAAACACUACAAGUUUGACUCUUCUUCUUCUUCCUAGCCCUAGUAACGAUAAUAAUCAUCGUUUCAUGAUGAUCAGAUCGUGUUUUCUUUUCUUAGUUUUGGUAAAUUUGUGGAAAUUCACAUCUCACAGAACUCAUAAACUUGCAGUGUUUUUAAUUUUCCCUUUGGCUUUUCAAUAGGUAAGAGGCUAAUGUUACAUUCCCCCUUCUUAAUUUCACUUCCCCUAUUUCAUUUUA